CCCUUCCUCUCCUGCACAUGACAUAGUGCUUUUAAGGAAACCGGUCGGCUGUCGGAAUUUCGGCAUUCAUUAUUCUCCAGCUACUUGGAAAUGACUUUGGGAAUUUCUGUGCGCCUCCUUGGUUUGACUUUGGAGCAAAAGGACGCUCAGAUAACCAUGUUAAUUACAUAAGUUCUAAUGGGGAAGUCUCUCUUUCACUGGCUAUGCUCCCCUUUUCUUAGACUGGCCAGGAGGUUUCAGAGGUUCCCUUCAUCAAAAAGGAAUUUGAUCAUUGUGAUUGUGUGUGUCUUCUACUUAUUUUUUGUGGUUUCACAAGUUGGACACUCGCUACCGCGCCUGGACAGAAGGACUGAUAAGAACAAAUACCAAAGGAGCGGCGGAUUUUAUAAUUUGGGGAUAGACGAAGCCCUGUCAGACUCUUACAACUCGCCAACAGAUACCAAUACAGGCUCUGUGGUCCCGACCCGGUCCAACGUGGUGUACAUUACACUAAGGUCUAAGCGUCUCAAACCGGCAAAUAUCCGAGGGACAGUCAAACCAAAACAGAGAAGAAAAGUUAGAAGGAUCAAAUCAGAAAAUACUGCUUUUACGCAAAAUAAAGCUGGCACUUUGGAGGAUGAGGCGUGGCAAAAGCGCACCUUUGGAUCCGAUGCGUCCUGGAGAGAAAUUAAAGAUAUACACUACAGAUCUCUGGAGGUAGACCAUAUAUAUAAUACAGAUCUUCAACCAGAGCCUCAAUACAGCGCCAUCCGAAUCUACAGUCAAAAGGCACCGCCAUGGUUCAGCUCAGAGGACGUCAAAGCCAUGCGCUUCCUUGCUGACGCCAAAGUUUUGCGCAUCAAAGAAGUCUCCCAUGCAGGCUCACCGCCGCUGCUGCUGUUUGAGGGCGAGACAAACGUUUCACUUGCCGACAAAAAAGAUGCAGAACUUAACAAAAUAUGCAGUGGACAGUGUGGAAUUAUCAACAGACCUGUGGACACCAGUGAGGUCUUUGCUUUCCAUUUGGACAGGGUGCUGGGAUUGAAUAGGACCUUGCCAGCUGUUGGCAGGAAAUUCAGGUUUUUACACGAUGGCCGGCCCUGUUCAGUGGUGUCCUGGGAUGCAUCCCUCUACCCAGAAGGCUUUGUGGUGGGCCAGUCCUCCGUGAAGUUAACAUGGGGGGAGUACCAGAGCUCCCUGAAACAGAGAUGCUGGCAUAAAAACAUCACCCCCAAGCCCGACUCCGGCUGCUCCACCAUUCAUCACUUUGAAUGGAGCAAACUAGCUCUGUUUGAUUUCUUAUUACAGAUCUAUAACCGCCUGGACCGGAGCUGCUGCGGGUUCAAACCCCGGCAGGAGGAUGCGUGUGUGGAGCUCGGCCAGCAUGCUGAGUGUACAGACCAGAACCACAUAGCGCUGGCUAACAUCAUCCACAGGGGCCGCGACCCCAGACACCUGCUCUUCACCAACAACAAGGGAUUCUUCGACCGGAACGAGGACAACCUGGACUUCAGGCUUCUGGAAGGAAUCAAGGAGCUUCCAGAGCAGGCGGUGGCGGUGCUGAGGAGCAGGAGGUUGAGGGAGAAGCUCCUCCAGUCUCUGUUCUUGGAUCAGACCUACUGGGAGAGCCAGGGCGGCCGGCAGGGCAUCGACAAGCUGAUUGAUGUCAUCGAGAGGCGGGCCAAGGUCCUCCUCACCUACAUCAACGCACAUGGGAUCAAAGUCAUCACAAUGAACGUGUGACAACAGCAGACAAAGGGUUCAGUCCCUGCAAGCAGCACUGUGUCAAAAUGUUUCUUAGCAAAACACUUAAACAAGGAUAAAUAAUGUAUUUUAUUCUGUUUGGUUGACACUUCUAUCCAAAGCACCUUAUGCCAUGAGUGCAUACAAGCAUGGGUGGCUCUAACCCAUGUCAUGUCUACCCACUGACCUGCACAGGAUUAUUAGAUAUUAUAGAAUAUUCUCCAGCAGCAAAUUAAUAGAUGUUCUUUUAUGAAGUUAUGAGGAUGAAAUGCUGAGUUGUCAGCUCUGCAGCUUUGAACAGUUUAAUUCAUUUUUACCAUAAACUGAACCUAGCUUUGACUCAAGGAAACUAAUUCUUCUCACUGUAUCUAUCUUCUGAAAAGGCAAACACACUUUCAUUCAAGAUAUUGCUAUGUAAACACGGAGUUAAAAUGAUGUCUUUUUAAUGGCCUUCCCAGCAAGUGUACUUUGGAUUGAGUAUGAAUGGUAUGCACUAUAAGAUUUGUUAAUUGCUUCCCCGUUCUGUAUGCUGUGUGGAGUUAAGACAUUUCCAAAGCUUCUUAUUGCAGCUGACAGGCCAUGGCACAAAUCCACCAGACUUUGGUCUGGCUGGGGUCACAGAUUGUGCAAAAAAUAGCAAUAGUAAUUUGCAAAUCUUUUGUACUGUCUGAAAAUAGGAGUUUUCUCAGAACAAGAAGAAGAACUUUGUCAGUAGGUGGAGUUAAUUUCACUUGUUUUCAAUACACAGUCUCACCUUUUUCAGGCAUUUUGAAACGAGGCAGAUUCCUCCAUCCACCAAAGAUUGUCACUUCAAUAAAAAAGCUAAUUCGUAUUGGAAACAAAUGGAAUUAUCUCAACCAACUGGAAUUUUUUAGUUUUAGUAAGAAAAGUGAGUUUAUAAAAAUGUUACGAGACACUUUUUGGAUAGGGUGGGGUUCCUAGCUACUGUACUUUUGACGUCAUCUGAAGAAAUGAUGAGAAGAUGUUUUAAUGUCAUUCUGACCAGCUUUACUAAAACGGGCUCUUUGUUUUAACUUAAACUGCAAAAAUUCUUUGCUGUAACCAUUUUCACUAUUUAUUUAUUUUUAUACUA